AUGUUGCUGUCCUAUCUAAUCUUCAUGAACCUUGAUGCCUUGUUAUUGCUUCCAACCUUCAUGACAUGUUGCUGUCCUAUGCAACUUUUAUGGCCUCAUCUGUCUAUCAACAAUGCUGCCAUCUUCCUUAUCGGCAUCAUCAUCAUCAUGACUUACAGCAACAACAUCACUGGCAACAACAACGUCAACGGCAACAACAACGUCAACGGCAACAACAUGCAACCUUUCGACAACCCACUCUCGCGACCUCAUCCUUGGUUUAGUCCAAGUCUUCUCUGA